AUGAUGCACACCAAUAUUCCAGAUAUACAUGAGAUUCAGCGUUUAGAAAGGAUUGGGGCUCAUUCUCAUAUACGUGGGCUAGGGUUAACAGAUGCCUUGGAGCCGAAAUAUUCAGCUGAUGGGAUGAUAGGACAGAAAUUGGGAAGGAAAGCAGCAGGUAUUAUAGUUCAAAUGAUAAGGCAAGGAAAAAUAGCAGGAAGGGCUAUUUUAUUGUCAGGUCAACCAGGUACUGGUAAGACUGCAAUAGCUAUGGCAAUUGCAAAAGCUAUAGGUGAAGACGCACCAUUUACUCAUAUUUCAGCUUCGGAAGUAUUUUCCCUAGAAAUGAAUAAAACAGAGGCAUUAACACAAGCAAUAAGGAGAUCCAUAGGUGUAAGAAUUAAGGAAGAGAUAGAUGUAAUAGAAGGGGAAGUUGCUGAACUGGAAAUAGAUCGCUCUAAUACAUCAGGCUUAAAAGUCGGAAGAAUGGCACUCAGAAGUACCGAUAUGGAAACUGUUUAUGAUAUAGGUGGGAAGAUGAUUGAAUGUCUACAAUCUGAAAAUAUUGUUGCAGGUGAUGUUAUAUCUAUAGAUAAGACUAGUGGAAAGAUAACGAAAUUAGGCAGGUCAUUUUCUCGUUCACGUGAUUAUGAUGCCGUUGGAUCACAGACAAGAUUUAUUGGAUGUCCUGAAGGGGAACUACAAAAAAGAAAGGAAGUAGUUCACACCGUAUCUUUACACGAUAUAGAUGUCAUUAACAGCAGAGCUCAAGGCUUCCUGGCACUUUUUGCUGGUGAUACUGGUGAAAUUAAACCAGAAGUUAGAGCUCAAAUUGAUGAAAAAGUUGCUGAAUGGCGUGAAGAGAAGAGAGCUGAGGUUAUUCAUGGUAUUCUUUUCAUUGACGAAGUACAUAUGCUAGAUGUCGAAUGCUUUAGUUUUCUGAAUAAAGCAUUGGAGGAUGAGACGAGCCCAAUACUAAUAAUGGCAUCAAAUAGAGGUAUUACAAAAAUCAGAGGUACUGAUUAUAAGUCACCUCAUGGUAUCCCAAUAGAUCUACUUGAUAGAUGCUUGAUUAUCCCAACUACUCCAUACUGCAAAGAUGACGUUAUGAAGAUACUUCAGGAGAGAGCUUACGAAGAAGAUAUUAAAGUAUCUGAUGAUGCAUAUCAAUUACUAACUCGCAUUGCAAUGGAUACUAGUUUAAGAUAUGCACUUCAUCUCUUAACAGUUUCUCAAGUACUAAGGAUGAGAAGUUCAAAUGCAUAUAUUGAGAUUGAAGAUGUACGUAGAUCAUAUUCCUUAUUUAUUGAUGUUAAAAGGAGUACUCAGUAUCUUAUUGAAUAUCAGCAAGAGUAUUUGUUUUCUGAAGUUGAAGUUGCUCCAAUAUCGGGGAAUAUUUCUCAAUAA